CAUGUCGGCCAUGUCUGCGGGCGGCGGAGCGCAGCGGGACGCGGGGGCCGCGGGCGGGCGCCGCAGCAAGUGGGACCAGCCUGGCCCGGCGCCCACCUUCCUGCUGCCCGGCACGGCGCCGCUGCCCGGCCGGCCCUUCCCCGCCGGGGGCGGCGAUGGCGGCAGCGCCGCCUCCACCGCGGCCGGGGCCGAGGGCUCCGCGGCGCCCUCGGGAGCGCUGGAUGCGGCCGCGGCCGUGGCGGCCAAGAUCAACGCCAUGCUGAUGGCCAAGGGGAAGCUGAAGCCGGCGCCCAGCACGGCCGACAAGCUGCAGGCUCUGGGGAAAGGUCCAGCCGCCAGCAAAAGCAAAGAUGACCUCGUGGUGGCGGAGGUGGAGAUCAACGACGUGCCCCUCACCUGCAGGAACCUGCUGACCAGGGGGCAGACCCAGGACGAGAUCAGCCGCCUGAGUGGAGCUGCCGUGUCCACCCGGGGGAGGUUCAUGACUGCAGAGGAGAAAGCGAAAGUGGGACCUGGGGACCGUCCCUUGUAUCUUCACGUGCAGGGUCAGACGCGGGAGCUGGUGGACAGAGCUGUGAACAGAAUUAAGGAGAUCAUCACCAACGGGGUGGUGAAGGCGGCCACGGGCUCCAGCCCCACCUUCAACGGGGCCACGGUCACCGUGUAUCACCAGCCAGCCCCCAUCGCCCAGAUGAGCCCGGCUGUCGGCCAGAAACCCCCUUUCCAGUCAGGGAUGCAUUACGUGCAGGACAAGCUGUUUGUGGGGCUGGAACACGCCGUGCCCACCUUCAACGUGAAGGAGAAGGUGGAGGGGCCGGGCUGCUCCUACCUGCAGCACAUCCAGGUGGAGACGGGCGCCAAGGUCUUCCUGCGAGGGAAGGGCUCGGGCUGCAUCGAGCCAGCCUCGGGCAGAGAGGCCUUUGAGCCCAUGUACAUCUACAUCAGCCACCCAAAGCCAGAAGGUUUGGCAGCUGCUAAAAAGCUGUGUGAGAACCUCUUGCAAACAGUCCACGCCGAGUACUCCCGAUUUGUGAACCAGAUAACCACUGCAGUCCCCCUGGCAGGCUUCACCCAACCCGCCACCAUCAACAGCGUCCCCUCCCAGCCGUCCUACUACCCCUCCAACGGGUACCAGUCAGGGUACCCCGUGGUGGCCCCUCCUCAGCAGCCCGUCCAGCCGCCCUACGGGGUGCCAGGCAUCGUCCCCCCCGCCGUGCCCCUGGCGCCGGGCGUGCUGCCAGCCCUGCCCACGGCCGUGCCGCCCGUGCCCACGCAGUACCCCAUCCCUCAGGUGCAGCCCCCAGCCAGCACCGGCCAGAGUCCGCUGAGUGCUCCUUUCCUUCCUGCUGCCCCAGUAAAAACCAGCCUGCCAACUGGUGCUCAGCCACAAGUGCAAGCCCACCCCCAGGGCCAAAAGAGACGCUUCACCGAGGAGCUGCCCGAUGAGAGGGAGUCAGGACUGCUGGGAUACCAGCAUGGACCCAUUCAUAUGACUAAUUUAGGUACAGGCUUCUCCAGUGCGAGCGAAAUCGAGGGAGCCGGGCCGAAGGCAGCAAGUUCCUCAGGAAAGGAGAGAGAGAGGGACAGGCAGUUGAUGCCUCCGCCAGCUUUUCCCGUCCCUGGAAUCAAAUCGGAGUCUGAGGAGAGAAAAGGUGCGGGGUCUGUACCGGGCAGCCACGAUCAUCAAGCAAAGAAGAUGAAAACUGGAGAGAAGGGCUUUGGCUUAGUGGCCUACGCUGGAGACUCGUCGGACGAAGAGGAGGAACACGGAGGCCAUAAAAACGCAAGUACUUUUUCACAGGGCUGGAGUUUGGGGUACCAAUACCCCUCCUCCCAACAGAGAGCCAAGCAACAGAUGCCCUUCUGGAUGGCUCCCUAAAAGCUGCACAAGAGUUUUGGUGGUUUUUUUCUUCUUUUUUUUUUUUUUUUUGGCAUCCAUCUGGUUUUUUUUUUUCCCCUCCAUCCCCACUUCCCUCUAGCAAUAAUUGCAUGGAUAUUCCAGAAAGGACUGGGCAAAACAAAACAAACAAACAAAACAAAAAAAAAGACAACCUCGUUUUUACAUUUGAAGAAGAAGCCAAUUUUCUUCCUCCCCCACCCCACCACUUUGGAAGGGCUCCGUUGUUUUUAAAAAUCGUUAUUUUUGGCAGCGUUUUUUUGCCAGUUGAGAAGAUUUGGAGCAGUGUGCUCCCUUCCCCAAGGGGAGAGGUAAAGAGGAUCCAGGGAAGCCUCUUGGUCCAGCGUGUCCCCAUUUUUCCAAGAUAACUCAAAGGGAAGAGUCGGUGCCACUGACCUCACUCCACACCCAGUGUUGGCAUUUUUUGCUGGGUGCUCCUGCUGCCCCACAGCUUCCAUGUGGGACUUGUCACCAGAGGGAAGGAAAACGUCCAGGAGCUGUGGAAAAACUCAACGUUUCUGAAAACUCUCCAUUUUUACUCCAGGCACCUCCUGUAACUCGGCACUGUUGGUUUGUUUUUUUCCUUGGAAGAGUGGUUUUACUGAUUCCCCACAGCUCUCUCAUUCUGGGGGGGGAAACGCUCAGGUUUUUGGAUGGAUGGCUCAUCUUGCCCCUGGUGGAUUGGCACUGGAGCUCUGGUACUAAAUCUCCUCCUGGACCUCACCCUCACCCAGCAGCUGGACAGAAUUCCUCCUCCUGAGCUUCAUCUCUUCCCUCAUCCCCCUCGGUUCCACCCCGAACCAGGAGGUUCCAACGAGGGGUUUCCCGAAAAGGAGGGUGGGGUUGGAGGGGAGGGCAGCACUUGAGUCCAGCAGCUCCUGGGAGCUGGGAAUGAGCGGCUGGAUGGUGUGUACGGACAUGAACUGCACCCGGGGCUUUUCUCAGCAGGGUGGGGGGCACCCAGUGCAGCCCCCACCUCGGGGUGACGCUCCCAGGCACUGCUCCAGGGGUGCUGGGCAGCCUUUGGAACGGGAUUUUAAGGAUCUGUGGUGUCACCGCUGCACCCCCGGGGUGGGGCUCACCCCCCUCUGCAAACCUGGGCUUUCCUUUUGUGGUGUAAAUAAUUGAGAACCAUACUUUCAUUAUAAAUAAAUGUAUAAAUAUUCGGCUUCCUGGG